AUGGCGGCAGGAGUAGCAGCUUGGUUACCCUUUGCCAGGGCAGCAGCCAUAGGAUGGAUGCCAGUGGCUACUGGUCCCAUGCCAGCUGCUCCACGACAGGAGAGAAAGCGAAGCCAGGAUUCUCUGAUUGUGCUGAAUGUGAGUGGCAUCCAGUUCCAGACGUGGCUGGACACCUUAGAGCGCUACCCUGACACUCUGCUGGGCAGUUCAGAGCGGGACUUCUUCUACCACCCUGAGACACAGCAGUACUUUUUUGAUCGGGACCCUGACAUUUUCCGCCACAUUCUCAACUUCUACCGUACCGGGAAGCUCCAUUAUCCCCGCCAGGAGUGCAUCUCAGCUUAUGAUGAGGAGCUGGCCUUCUUUGGCAUCAUCCCUGAGAUCAUUGGGGACUGCUGUUACGAGGAGUACAAGGAUCGCCGGCGUGAGAAUGCUGAGCGCCUACAGGAUGAUGCUGAUCAGGAUAAUGUACCUGAGAGCUCCCUACCCUCAAUGACAGCUCGUCAGAGGAUGUGGCGGGCUUUUGAAAACCCACACACCAGUACCCUUGCUCUGGUCUUCUACUAUGUCACUGGUUUCUUCAUUGCUGUCUCUGUUAUUGCCAAUGUGGUAGAGACAGUGCCCUGUGGGGUGAGCCCGGGUCGCAUCAAAGAGCUGCCCUGUGGGGAGCGGUACGCGGUGGCUUUCUUCUGUCUGGAUACUGCCUGUGUCAUGAUCUUCACAGUUGAAUAUCUCCUACGUCUGCUGGCAGCUCCUAGUCGCUACAAAUUUGUGCGCAGCGUCAUGAGUAUCAUUGAUGUGGUGGCCAUCAUGCCAUAUUACAUUGGCCUGGUGAUGACAGAUAACGAGGAUGUCAGUGGGGCUUUUGUGACAUUAAGAGUCUUUCGUGUCUUCAGGAUCUUUAAGUUUUCCCGCCACUCACAGGGUCUGCGCAUCCUGGGCUAUACGCUGAAAAGUUGUGCCUCGGAGUUAGGCUUCCUCCUGUUCUCACUCACUAUGGCCAUCAUCAUCUUUGCCACAGUCAUGUACUAUGCAGAGAAAGGUUCAUCAGCCAGCAAGUUCACCAGCAUCCCUGCAGCCUUCUGGUACACCAUCGUCACCAUGACAACWCUGGGGUAUGGUGACAUGGUGCCAAAGACAAUAGCUGGCAAGAUUUUUGGUUCCAUAUGCUCCCUGAGUGGGGUCUUGGUCAUUGCUCUGCCAGUUCCUGUAAUUGUCUCCAACUUCAGCCGUAUAUACCACCAGAACCAACGAGCAGACAAGCGCAGGGCACAGAAGAAAGCCAGGCUCGCUCGAAUCCGUGCAGCCAAGAGUGGGAGCGCUAAUGCCUACAUGCAGAGCAAACGCAAUGGCUUGCUGAGUAACCAGCUGCAGCAGGUAAUGUUUGUGUUCCCUCCACCUCCGGAGUAA